UCCAGCAAACAGGCAGCUUUCUCUAGUAGAAAUUCAAGUGCACAGAGGUAGGAAUGGGCACUCUGAGUGCAGACAGACGAAAGAUACGAGGAAUGGAAAUAUGUCACAGGAAGAAAGUAUCCAGGAGGCUGGGAUAUGAUUAGGCAAUGAGAGGAAAGCAAGAGCUCCUUCAUCUUCCACUUCUCAAGGGAUGGUGAAGCUCAUGUAAAUUCAAGUUAUGGAGUUAAAUGAACCCUGUCCUAAGAGAAAGAAAAACUGUUAUAGUAUAGGGGGUGGAGUGUCUCUGAAAAAGCUCUUGACUCGUCAUUAUCUUCUGCACUCUGCACAGGACUCCAGGCCCAGCAGGAACUGCAGAUGCCCAACAGCAGCUCCAUCAGCCAGUUCCUCCUCCUGGCGUUGGCAGACACGCGGCAGCUGCAGCUCCUGCACUUCUGGCUCUUGCUGGGCAUCUACCUGGCUGCCCUCCUGGGCAACGGCCUCAUCAGCACAGCCGUAGCCUGCCACCACCGCCUGCACACCCCCAUGUACUUCUUCCUGCUCAACCUCGCCCUCCUCGACCUGGGCUGCAUCUCCACCACUCUCCCCAAAGCCAUGGCCAAUGCCCUCUGGGACACCAGGCACAUCUCCUAUGCUGGAUGUGUUGCACAGACCUUUCUGUUUGUCUUUCUGAUAUCAGCAGAGUAUUCCAUUCUCACCAUCAUGUCCUAUGACCGCUACGUUGCCAUCUGCAAGCCCCUGCACUACGGGACCUUGAUGGACAGCAGAGCUUGUGCCACCAUGGCAGCAGCUGCCUGGGGCACUGGGCUUCUCUAUUCCCUCCUGCACACUGCCAAUACAUUUUCUCAGCCACUGUGCCAUGGCAAUGCUGUGGAUCAGUUCUUCUGUGAAAUCCCCCAAAUCCUCAAGCUUUCCUGCUCACAGUCUUACCUCAGGGAAAUUUGGCUUCUUGUGAUCAGUGCCUCUUUAGCAUUUGGGUGCUUUGUGUUCAUUCUUUUCUCCUAUGUGCAGAUCUUCAGGGCCGUGCUGAGAAUGCCCUCUGAGCAGGGACAGCACAAAGCCUUCUCCACGUGCCUCCCUCACCUGUCCGUGGUCUCUCUGUUUCUCAGCAGUGCCUUUUUUGGCAAUCUGAGGCCCACCUCCAUCUCCUCCCCAUCCCUGGACCUGGUGGUGUCAUUUCUGUACUCAGUGGUGCCUCCAGCAGUGAAUCCCCUCAUCUACAGCGUGAGGAACCAGGAGCUCAAGAAUGCAGUGAGGAAAAUGAUGCCCUGGUCACAGUUUAGCAGGGAUAAACUUCUCAUCUGUCUCUAUAAAUAUCUCACAGUUUGUCCCAUAGCACACCUAUAUUAUGUUUUUUAA